GCACUACACGAGUUGCUCUAUUUCUGUCACUAUUUCUGUCUCACCUUGCCGGGAAAGUCUACGGGGCCGGCACACAAUACAGGUACAACAACGUAAAUCGCGCGGGCAUGCAGGCAGGUAUUCUGCCGCAGGCCGCCGCCAUGCCCAACCACGGCAACAACAACGUUGAGAGCCGCCAGGAACAGAAAGUGCGCCAGACCAUGGCCAGAGACAUACACAAGUACAUGAAUCUGAGCGCCGAUCCCUGCAUGGAUUUCUACGAGUACGCUUGCGGAAACUGGGGACGGUACCACAGUCGCCAACUGCGCGCUGGUGAACUGAUCACGGCCCAGCACCUGGUCGAGGCGCGCAUAGCGGAGCAGCUGCAGGAUUUGCUGACACUCCCGUUGCCACCGCAGCACCAUCCCAACGAGUACAGCGCAGCGAGCGCGGCAAAUGUGCGCAAGGUGCGCAGCUUCUACGAUUCGUGUGUCGCCGUGGAGGCCAACACUGCCGAGCGGCGACAAUUCCUAAUGAAGAUUCUGCGGGAACAUGGCGGACUGCGCAAUGUGCCCAAUUCGAACUGGAAGCCCGACUAUCACUGGCUGCAAAUGCUGGCAGCGCUGCGACGCAACUAUGGCCUGGAUAUACUAAUCGGCCUGGAUGUGGACCUCAAUCUGCAGCAGCUGCGCGGCAACAGUAUUUACCUGGGCGAACCCCGCCUGACUAUCAUACCACCGGAGCACUGCAGCGCAAUAGCCACGCGGCAGGCGAAUGUGCGCGACGAGAUCUACGAGCAGAUCCAGCAGCAAGUGGCGGCUAACAUGCGAGAUUGGUUCGGCAUGGAGAGUGGCGAGGCAGCACGUUUCAGCGGCGACAUUGUACGCUUUGAAUUUGACCUUUGCAAACGCAUGCGAGAGGAGGAAACCCUGCCGGGGACCGAGCCCGGCAAUCAGCAGGAAUCAGCCCAGGCUCCCGUUUACGGCGGACGUUCACGCAUCGGGCAGGAGAGAUUGCGCCAGCAGCCCGGCGGUAGCUCACUCUAUCCGCGAAUGACACUGACUGAGCUGACCACCAAGCUGAGCAACUGGCUUGAUUUUAAGCUCUUUGUCGAGAGCAUUUUAGAGGACGCCUAUACGGAACAUGUGUACCUGCGCUCCCAGAGCUAUCUGACACACCUGGUGCGCACAGCCAAAGCCAACAAUCCGAUAACAAUUUCCGGUUACAUUAUAUACAGGGCACUGCUGGAGCUGAACCAACCGCCAGAAGAGCAGGCGAUGCGGCGUCCACGUCAGUGCGUCCAUGUGAUGCAGCGGCUCUUCCCGCAGGUCCUGGGCGACAUGUACCAACGCCACGUGCAACGCGACGACGCACAGCAUGACAUGGAGCAGGUGUUCAGCGACCUGGUGAAGGCCUUUGAGCAACUGCUCAAGGUUGACUGGCUGGACGAAAGUGAUCGACGGACGGCCAGGACCAGAUUGGCCCAAUACCACACCCAGUUGCCAGACUACCAAGGCGUCGAUCUCUCGGGUCUGCAAUACCAGAAAAACGAAGACUACUGGCGAAGGCUGGAGACGACACUGCGAUUCAAUUCUCGUGAAUAUCUAAACACGCUGCGGGGCAAUGAUUUUGCGCAGAUCCCCGAGGGCACGUUGAAUGCCUUCGAAGUGCGUGCAGCGCUGGUGCCUCGCCAGCAAGCGGUGCUCGUGGGCUGGGGUCUAAUGCAGGAACCCUACUACAGCUACUACUAUCCCAAGUCGCUGAAAUAUGCGCUGCUGGGACAACGACUGGCCAGCGCACUGCUGCAGGCCUUUGACGACGAGGGCUGGAACAGACACCCCCAGGCGACGGCGCCCUGGAACGAGCUGACAAUGGCCGGCUACCGGAACGCCACCGAGUGCCAGCGUGCCCAAUACAGCAAUUACCUGUCGAAUCAGCCCAGCGAGUUCCGCAAUGCGACGCGCCUGAGAGAAAUCAUCGCCGAGGGCGGGGCUCUGAAUGUCGCUUUCAAUGCGUACUUGGGCUGGCUGGAGCUGGUCCAUGGCCUGAAACCUCUGCUUUUCCGAGAGACGCUGCCCGAACUCAACUUCACCAACACGCAGCUUUUCUUCAUAUAUUUUGCCCAGCUUCGCUGCUGGGCCAAGCCGGACGAGCAGCCCGCAUCCGAGGCAAUGCCCCUCAUGCAGCACACACCCCAACGCUGGGAUGUCAACGGGCCACUGAGUAACUCGGAGGAGUUCGGACGGGAAUUCGGCUGUGCACUGGGCACCCACAUGAACAGCGGCAACAAGUGCCUAAUUUUUUAAGACAACAAUAGCAAAAAACUUAGGCAAGAUAAGUUCGCGAAGGUAAAAUUAAGACUAGACACUUAAGAGUGUUCCACUGAGAUAUACCCCAUUUAAACAUAUUCUUAAACCCAUUUCAUCUGGUUACAAUCAAGGCACAUUUUAUUAAAUAUUUAGCAAAAAGAGUAGCAAAAGCCUCCUUCUACUUGUGUGUUUUGGGUUUCCGGCAAGGGCGA